GUGUAGGGCAUGAAAAAGUGCGCGCGGAAUUUCAGUAUGUGUGUUAAUUAGCUGAGUGCAUGUCGCGCUUUUCUAUUUUUUAUUUUCUUAAUUAACUCAGUGAACUAAUUACUGGGUAGAAUGGCUCAUUCGGUUGAAGCGGAUUUACCCCCGACCUUGUCAUGCCUGAAAAAUAUCGACACUUUGCUCCGAUGCCCGAUUUGCUUCGACUUCUUGAAUAUAACCAUGAUGACCCAGUGUUCUCAUAACUUUUGCUCCCUGUGUAUCCGUAAAUUUCUUUCCUACAAGUUGCUGUGUCCGAUUUGCAACACGCCACUGACUGAACAAGAGCUGAGGAACAACAGGCUACUGGAUGACCUUGUUCAGGGCUUCCAAGCUGUGAGGCAACAAGUGUCUCGGACAAAUUUUGAGUCGCCUCCGAUCUCCCCCAAGACCCCUGUAAUGACCGCCGGAGGGAAGGCAGCGAGGCAGAAAGCCCUUAAAAGAGAGGGCACUACUCUGAUUCACUUUUUCCAGAAACGAGCCCCAGUCAGCUCUUCCGUAGGGGCCCAGUCAGGCUCAAAGGGUCUGCAGGCAGUGAAACAGGAGCCCAUGGAGGUGUGUGUGCAGGGAGCUGUCCUGCCAGAGGGCGCAGCGACUGCCACCACAGCAGUGAAGGAAGAGAAGCUGGAAGUGCCUGCUUUUCCCUCCACAUCGCAGGAUAUUAAACCUGUUGUCAGAGUGGCGUGUCCAGUGUGUGGAGUGGACGUGGCUGAGCAGCACAUUAAUAAACAUCUGGAUACAUGUCUGACCAGAGGGGAGAAGAAGGAUAGCCUUCGAAGGUCUGACCAGCUAGGCUUUUCCUGUUCUGCGUUUAUAGAGCCGAAUUCGCAGAAACGGAGGCCGAUGGCUAAGCUGGUGUACACCCUGCUGACAAUGGUGGAGCUAAAGAGGAGGCUGAGAGAGUGCCAUCUAUCCACACAAGGCUCCAGACAGCAGCUCAUCCGACGGCACCAAGAGUUCACACACAUCUACAACGCACAGUGUGACGCACUCAACCCCAGAUCAAGUGAGGACAUUGCGAGAGAGGUUGAAAACAAUGAGAAGAUGAAGCAUCAGUUGGAGAGUAAAAGUAAACCUGCAAUAGCCAUCACUAAAAACCACACAGCCGAUGAAAUUGAACAGCUGCACUCAGAUUACCGGAAACAGCACAGCAGUGAGUUUUCUCGGUUAAUUGCUCAGGUUAGAGGUCGUUUGGAAAAUUCUCGGAGAGCCCAAAUUACACAGGAAGGUGGGAAAUCGGCGGCGGCGGCAUCGUGUUACAGUGCUGAUGACACAGCAGCCCAAAACACAACCCAGCCCCCAGUUUCUUUGACGUUGGAAAUUGGCAGCAAUGAGAGGACUUCUGUUAUAGAGCUUGGGUCAAGAUCACCAAGCCCCACUCUCAGUGAAGCGUCUGUCAGCAGCUCCAUUUCUGAUGUUUUCAGUUGAAGACCAUAAAGAAGCUACCUGUAGUCCCAGAGAGCGGUCCAAAAGGCUAAUGCAGAGCUCCUGAGAGUCGAAUCCGCUUACUGCAGGGGGGAAUGCACUGGAAGGCUCAGGAGAACCAGCGUGACACCUGGACUCGAUUUAAAAUUAACGCUGAAUAGACCUUUUAUACCUUUACACAUGAUUCUCAGUUUUCAGUACAGGAUUUGUACAUGGAUUUUGAACAAUAAAAUCUAUUUUUUUUUUUUUAA